AUGGCUUCAGAAUCCAAUCCAAAUGGCACAGUUGCUGUUUCCUUGCCAAGUAGAGAAGGAAACAUAAACACUGAGCCACCAGUAUGGCCUUUGGACGCCAGUGGAACACUUACCCCACCACUGCCGGCGAGAUGUGACAGGCACGAUCGCCUGGAUGGCGUCUGCUGCAAAGACUUGAAAGACGACGAUGACCGCACGCUUAUCGAUCCUGAUGUCAUUCGUGAUAUUGUCAUUGGACUGUCAGACGGCUUGACAGUCCCCUUUGCUCUAGCAGCAGGUCUUUCAUCUUUGGGCACCUCAAGAUUAGUUGUCGCUGGCGGAAUAGCUGAACUCAUCGCUGGUGCUAUUUCUAUGGGCAUUGGUGGCUUCUUAGCAUCUUCGGCAGAGCGGGAUCAUUAUCAUUACAUGCGACGCCACAUAUCGGCUCGGGUGCAACGGAGCUGCGUUGGAGAAAUGGAAAGGGAAGUAUGUGCUGUACUUGUCCCCAUAGGUGUCGACGAGCAGGCGUGCCAGGCGGUCACCAAGUGUCUCAGAGAUGCUGAAGUUGACCCCGAAGUCAGUGCGAACGGUUCAUCGCCAGAUGAAGAAGCGCAGUUGCUGAGAUGGAAGGACCAAGUCGGUUUGACACCAUUUUUACUCAAAUUUGGAGAGGGAAUGGAGGAAAUCUCGAUUCGUCGAGUAUACUCUUCGGCGCUGACAAUUGGCUUAGGGUACUUGGUUGGCGGAAUCAUUCCCCUCAUUCCAUACUUCUUUGUUCCACAAGCGCAUGUAGCGCUCGUAUACUCUUGUAUUGUCACAGGCAUCGUUCUGUUGAUAUUCGGAGCUGUGAAAUCUCGUGUUACGGGUGCUGGGCAGGGUGUUGGAGGCUACAUAUGGGGAGCAGUCAGCACUCUAUUGGUUGGUGGUACCGCUGCUGCUGCUGCUUUUGCUCUUGUUGCAUGGCUGGAAGAUUCGUAG